CUAUUAGGUACUCCUCCUUCCCUUGCGCACGGCCAGCGUUCAAGAACGACAGUGUCAUGAUCUCAUUUCCCCCCCAGCUGCUUCUGCUCCGGGCGCCAUAGAAAAGGCUCCUCCAAAGAGGUGGUUCAGUCUGUGUAUAGGGUCACUGGAGGCUCAUCCAGUUGAGCUGUACCACCACUGCUCGUGAUACAUGUACAUCUGAAGAUCACGCUUCAUGCAGCGGAAACAAAGUUGGUGGUGUCGGUGUUGAAAGUAUUUCUUUUCGAAGGCUGCACCAAAGUGAUUGCGGCCAGCAUCUUUUCCACUCCACCAUGGUCCCCAGUGGUUGCGUUUGCGUGCCUUCAAGUAUGAGGACACCGGCCCGUGCGCAUGCUGUAUGGCCCUGCGAAGCAAUCCCCAGCAACAGCAACACUUCAUCCUUUUGCACCACCAGAUACGAUCAAGUGUUUGUGAGUUUGGACAUGCUUAUGCGUAGAGCACCAAAGGGGUGUCGGGGUUAUCCCCGUGUUUCCGGUCAUCGCAGUGGGAGUGGUCGACGGGUGACAUACCAAUCCAGUGUACAGUCAGGCUUUCUAUCCUUUGGCUACUUAGAAACCGAAGACUCCAGAUGCGGAAGUAGGAAACAUAGAAAAGCCCUGCAUGCGCUCCAGGACAGUGAUUACAGCUUAGAGGCAUCGUUUAGCGACCUCGCCCAAGCGAUGGACCCCGGUUCAACCACUGCAGACAGCAUUACGGAAAGAUUAGAGGUUUUGGAAGCUGGCCCAACUGUAGAUGACCGUUUUCAGAGAGGGGUUUGGGACAAUCUGGCUCCCCAAGGUGCUAAGGCCAGGCUUGUAGACAAGGCGCUCACAAGACUCAUGAGGGAAACUGAUGAGACAAGAGCGCUUGCAUACUUGGACCACUGGGAGGGGAGCUUGGAUCCCAAGUGUGUGCUUCAACUGAUCCAGGAGAUUGGGGAGAGGAAGGCGCUGACGAAGCUCCAGCCGGUCUUGGAGUGGUGUCGGAAGCAGCAGUGGGCCCCGCAGGAGCUCACGUCAGCGUACCGGGUUGUUAUCAAGACGGCAGAGGCGCUGUCCAAGGCAGACGUUGUGGUGCAGCUGUUUGAGCAGAUGCAGGACUCGGACCACUUGACGCCGCCAACCGAGAUGUAUGUCUCGUUGGUGCAAGCGCGCACCAAGAUUGGGGACUACCAAAAGGCGUAUGACGCCAUUCUGAAGCUAGUGGAGCUGGGGCACGAUAUUGGGCAAGGGGACGACUCCCUUCUGGGGGCGCUUCUAUUCCGCGUCAGCAGCAGUCCCCUGGGAGGCACCACAGCGGUGGCGCUCCUCCGGCGGGCGCUCGCGGACGGCCUGGCGAUAGACACCCGCAUGGUGACCAGCGUGUUGAUCGGGUUGCAAAAGGAGGUCCCCGCAGACCUGGCGGAGGUGACCGCAGACGUGACGGCGGCUGUCAAAGCGAAAGGCGUCAAGUUAGACCAGUUUGCUUACCGCGUCCUACUGACGACGUACCAGAGGACCGAGGCGCUCUCGGAGCUGCGCGACGUGUUGCACGAGUUGGAGGACGAAGAGGGGCUCGAGCCCAAUAUGGACUACUACCGGUUCCUCAUCCCGAAGCUGAGCGCAGAGGAGCGCGCGGAGGAGGCCUUUGCAGAGACGCGGCGGCUGCGCGAGAAGGGCGCCGCUAUCGACGGCUGGAUCUUCCGGUCGUGCAUGUACGGCUGCUGCCGGUCAGGGCUUUGCGACCAGGCCGCGGAAUUGUACCAGGACUUUCGGCGCACGGGAUUCGAGCCCACGCUUACACAGCUCAACUAUCUGAUGGGCGCAUUCACCAAAGCGGGCCGCAAAGCUGAGGCGCUCGGGUUUUACGAGGAGCUGCUGGAGGCGGACCUGCGGCCGAACGCGGUGACGUACGGCACGCUGAUGGACAUGGCGCGCCCAGACCUGCCCAAAGUGCGCGCGUGGUUCGAGCAGAUGAAGGAGGACGGCGUGGAGCCGGACAGGGCCGUGUACCAUCUGAUGAUCGACACGCUCGCCACCAACGGCCAAGUCGACGAGGCGCGUGCGCUUCUGAAGGAGAUGGAGCACGAACUUGCGGGCGUAAGUGGCGGCUUGAAGGCGACGCCAUACGUCGCACUGGCGGCCGGCUUCGCGGCGGUAGACCGAUGGGAGGAGGCGGUGGACACUCUUAUGCGGAUGAGGGGCCGGGGAAUGGUCGUCACCACGCAGACCCUGGUUGGGGUGUUCCAGGCCGCCAGCCAGAACAGUGGCGCCACUGUUAGCAUGCUGCUACAGAUCGCCGAGCGGAAGGGCCUCCCGCUCAGCCCGACGGCGCUCACUGAGAUUGCCGGACUGUUCAGGCGACAGGGAGCAGUAGGUGCCGCCUGGGAGGUCGCCAGGAAGCUCAAGGCGCAGGAACCGGCCCUCGAUAGGCGGAGUUUCGUGGAGAUCCUGAACAUCCACUCGCGGAAGGGCGAGUGGGUGGACGCGCAGAUUACUUUCGACAAGAUGGUCAAGGCCGGCAUCAAGCCGCACCCCAACGAUUGGACCUCGUUGAUGGCGGCUUACGGCAAGGGCGUUGAGUACGACAAGGCGGUCGCCAUCCUGGAGCAGUUGAUUGCCUCGGGGGAGCGCCCCGACACCACCAAGUAUAAUGUGCUCAUCGAUGCGUGCAUCCGGGCAGAGCGCCCGGGGGAGGUGACGCGCUGGCUGGCGGCGAUGAAGGAGCGACGGGUGCCGUUUGAUUCAAUCACAUUUAAUAUGGUCAUCGGCGCGUAUGCGGGCCGGGGGGACGUGCGCGCAACGGAGUUUACGUACAGGAAGAUGCUGGAGAACGGCCAUACGCCCACUAAGGAGACGUACCACUACUUGAUUCGCGCGAGUAUCGCGGGAGGGCAGUUUGAGGCCGCGCCGGCGUGGCUGGAGGAGAUGCGCAAGCGGGGGAUCGAGCGGGACGUGUUCACGUACAACACGCUCAUUCGGGGCUACACCGAGCGACAUCGGACGGAGGAACUAGAGGUGGUUGUAGGCGACAUGCUCCAGGCGGCGGUCCCCCCCGACCACAUCACGUACGAGCUCCUCUUCGACUACCCAGACGAGGGCGACCGCCUCGCGCGCGUGCUUUUCGCGUCGGUAAAGCGGGUCAUGAGCCGGGAAGCCGUCGAGGAGCAGUACAACAAACUGCUGAUGGCGCUCACGCGGAAACGGCGGUGGGACGAGGUGGAGCUGGUGGUGGAUCAGGCGCACGAGGAAGGGUGCCGGCUGGACAAGCGCACGUUCGAGGGGGCCAUCGAGAAAAUGGCCGUCGACAAGAAGGUCACCAUGGCCAUCAACAUGUUCCACCGCAUGCGCGCCGCCAUGCCCCACGUCGUCCCCCGCGAGUUCGCCUUCAUGCCCGUGCUGCACUCCUUCGGCCGCCGCCGCCAGUGGAAACAAGCCGCCGAGCUCCUGGUGCAGCUUAAGCAAGCCGGGGUCCCCUGCCGAGCGGCGAGUCACCACAAGGUGCUGAGCAUCAUGGAAGCCUCCGAGCAGUGGGCCGCCAUUGUGGAGCUGUACAAGAGCAUCCGCGGCGAAGAAUUUGUGCGCGCGGACAAGGGCAUCCUGCAGCUGGUCAUGCGCGCGGCGAAAGCGCGCGUGAAGCAGCAGCAGCCGGACCUGGAGCUGCUGCAGGAGCUGUACCACGCGCUCAGGGGGGUGCGCGCGCUGCCGGAAAAGCCCCCCCGGGUGGACUCGCAGCAUAUCCAGGUGCGGAAACUGUGGAAGCGGGGGAUGAAGGUCGCUCGGGGAGUGGGGAUUCGGGAUCCGGAUGCCAGCGGUGCGAAGUGGGGAGCUGCGGGAGAAAAGGGUAGUGAUAGCCGGGAAACGGAAGGAGGGGGAAACGAGAACGAGGCCAAAGAGCCGGUUGCUGAAACCGGAGGCGAGGGCGGGCCAUCCGAGGGUCGAGGAACCCUUGGGCGACAAUCCGAGGGGUGUCCUGACGACCGAAGAGUUGAAAGCGGGAGCUCAAGCGGUAAAAAGGAAAUUACGAACGGAAGCAUCGAGUUGAACGAAAGGGGGGAGAAAAACUUAGGAAGAACCGUCGAAAAUGUCGAGAUGAGUCGGGCAAAAGUCGACGAGCCCUCCACUAGUGCCGUUGCAUCGGGUGUUGAAAGAACACAAGCCGGAGACGGACAUGCUUCUUUGAAGGGGCCACAAAAUGAUGUAAAGGCUUCGCAAACCAGUGUACAUAGAGAAGACUCGGACAUCAAUGGUACCUUGGUCGCUGACAAGGCCGAUGCUAGGGGCAUCUCGGAAGCGUCAAACGAGCGCGCAUCGCUAGACGAGAGCGAGUCGAUCGAGGAUCGCCGUGUUGCCAAGUUAGAAGACGAGGACCGCAUGCUGGAGGUGUUGGAACGGUCAGCCAGGCAAGAUGAGGUCUUAGAGGGGGUGGUGGACUCGCUGAAUUGACCUUCGCAAUACAAGCACGUUCAACAGCGCGAACAACCGUUACAUGUUACGAGACGCUAUUGUCUUCCCCAUGCCAAGUCCGGGCGUACCUCCAUGUGCAAU